GACGUAGGAAAUUACAGCGCUUGGGAGACAAGGAUAUCAGUUAAAUUCUCCAAACUGUCUGAUGACGAGGUGUCGGUGUUAUUCUGUUUUCUGUGUUCUGAUUCCGGUCCUCUUGACUUCACUGACACAGAGUGGCUGGACUUGCUUAAUGUGAUACGACAGGAAGUGUACCAUAAAGAGGAUCCUGUAACACGUGAGGAAGCUCAGCAGACUCUGGACAGACUGAAGUCACAUGAUUACCUUUGGGAAGAUAAGGACAAGAUAACGAAGGAUACAAAGGAUGAGACAAUGUAUAGGAUAGCAUCAAUAAGGAGUUAUAUACCAUUCUAUUACAGCAGUUAUGACACAGCCAGUCUGUACCUGAGAUCAAAUGGAUACAACAGAAAACCUGGAGAGAAGUGUGUCACUUGUCCUUUUGAAAGUGAUGCAUUACUGAUACACCGUCUACAGAUGAACAUACUGACUCACGUCACAAUGGAGGACACGUAUAUAUAUGAUGAGAUACAGCAGAUAUUAAAUAUCCCAGAAAAUAAAAUCAAGAGCAGUAAAGAUGAACGAGAAGAAUUUCUAACGGAUCUAAGAAGAGAAGGGGAGGCUGUACAUUACAGAGGAAGAUCACAGGACGGUGUAGUUCACGUGACGUGGCUCUGGAGAUACGGGUUAUACAAUAGACCUGACAUCGUGAGAUCCUGUAUAGGUCUACAUCCACACAACGACAUUUAUAUCAUAGACAACAAAACCUAUAGAAAACCAAGUAAAAUCCAUAGCUAUGAGCCGGAAGUCAGAUGUCAACUUUAUUGUUUACUUAUAUCUGAUAAAUAUCGGAUUAGUUUCAUUGAACAAUCACACCAAAUCACAAAGGACAAAAUCAGACAGAGGUAUUUCCCAGAUAUAACUGCUGACGGCUCGGUAGAUCUUCCUGAUGAAAUCACAGAAACACGUGACGGUGUGAUAACCUUUAUAUCAGACGACAUCCGACAUGACGUCAUGUACGCCUUUGUUACGGAGUGUCUGGUGGAGGACAGUGAUCUGGAGUUUUUCCUGACCACGGCGUCACGUGACGUGAUCUCAGAAUACUGCAGACUCAGGAAGUAUGAGAGGAGUGAGGGAGAGAGAUGUCUGUAUAUACCGGACAGACCGGAGAAGAUGUACGACCUCUUCAUAGACAGUCUACAGCUGGACAUCAUCACACACUGUACCAUGUCUGACAGGGUGAUUCAUGGCAGGAUCUGUAAACGUUUGAGAGUCCCUCAUGCAAUACUGUUCUGGGACCAGGAGUCUAGAGAGCGGUAUGUGGAGUACGCUAAGAGAGGAACACAGACAGUCCACCACGCCCGGGGGAUGAUUGUAGGAUGUGCUGGGGCGGGGAAAACCACGCUACUUAAACGUCUGCUAGGAUGUAGUGAGGAAGAGAUUAAGGAAGUAAAAUCUACUGAGGGAUUGGAGGUGCAUGAGGAAAUAUUUCAUAUAUGUGAUCAAACAAAAUCACUAAAAGGAAGAUCUCGGGGUAGAGAUAAUUUUGAGAGGAGUGAGGAAAAGAGGGGUGGACCUUCAGAUAAGACACUAACUUUCUUUGACUUUGGUGGACAGUGUGCGUACUACGCCUGUCAUCAGAUUUACCUGACCAGGAGAGCCUUUUACAUUGUGGUUGUAGACGCCUCUAAAGACCUUGAUCAGGUGGUAGAUAAAGCGGUGUGUGACCAGAUGGACACCGUAUUCUCUGGAUGGACAUACAAAGAAUACUUUGUGUUUUGGUUGAAAUCUAUCCACACCUAUUGUUCAGCUGUAAAACAUGGAAGUGACGACCAAGUAGAAGUACUUAUUGUAGCAACACACUGGGAUAAAUCAUUAUAUAAGAACAAAUAUUCUCUUUUGCAAUCAUUAUACAAUGCAUUACCCAACGAUUCUGAUACAAACCAGUAUAUAAGAGAAGACAGAUGUUUCUUAGCACGCUUUCCAGCCGAUCAACCCUUAGCUGAUUUAGAAAAAUGUAUCAUAGAUAUCACAUUAAACGCAAGGUGGAGUGAGAAAAUACCUCACGAAUGGGUUUUCCUCAAUGAUGAAAUCAAUGAAAAAAGCGACAAUCAACCGAUAUUAUCAUUUAAUAACCUACAUGGAAGGUUGCCAGUCCAAGAAGAUGCCAAAACGGAAAAUGCUGUUGACAUGCUUCGAUACUAUCAUGAUGCUGGAAAAUGUCUUUUCUUUAACGAGAAAGGUCUUCAAGAAUCAGUUAUCAUAGACGUCCAGUGGUUCAUAAACGCAUUCAAAACCAUCAUAACAGACAAGUUACACGUGAAAGGGAUACACGCAAGUAAAAUAGACUGGAAGGAGUAUUACAAAACAGGAAAUCUGAAAGAUACACUUUUAGAUAGAAUAUGGGAACAAGAGGAUAAGAAAUCACAGGUGUUAGAAAGAACCGAUGAAAUUAGAAGAAACGGUGGACAUUAUUUGGAUCACAAGAAAACCUUGCUGACGUACAUGAUGAGGCUAGGAUUGAUAGCCGUCGGAAAGGAAUGUCAUUAUGUGCCAUCUAUGAACAAAAAGAAGUUUGACAUCGCACAGAAAGAAUUUAUUCAAAACGCAGAGUCAAAAACCUCCGUUUUAGUGUUCCUUUUUGACUUCUUGCCUUUUUUUUUAUUUUACCGCCUUGUUGUGACAUUAAUGCAAAUGAACGAUUUGGAAGUCUUACGAAGUAAAGGAACAACAUGUCUGUACAAAAACACAGCAAUGUUCAAUUGCAGAGAUCAUUAUCUGGUUGUUGCUGUUACAGGUAACUCGAUCCAACUUCAAAUGUUGCACUCUAAAGCAGACGGGUGUUUGGAAAAAGAAAUCACAGUAGCAAUAAGACAAGGCUUUGACACAAUUUUGAAGAAUAUCACAAAUACGUUUCACAAACAUCUUUCGUAUACAGUAGGAUUUACUUGCCUUGAAAAAAAGAAUCAGAUUAUUGGUAUAGAAAUCGAGGAUAAUUUUAUUGAGGAGGAGAAGUUGAGGAUGGGAAUUUCCAUGAAUUGCCCUCUGCAUCAGGUAGAUGACCUACAUGAAAUUAAUCCUGACUAUCUGAGCGAGUUUUGGAAGUAA